CACGUCGUUUAUGCUUUACCUGAAAUCUGAAAAUCGGAAGCUGACACCGCUGUCUCCGAGACUCUCAAGCUCGAAAUUUCGCCGCCCUGUCUUUUCUCCGGUAAGCCUCGAUCUAUUUGUCUUUCUCUUCCUCUCGCUCUCUAUUUGGCUUGAAAUGUUGUAUUGAUUUCUUCUAUGUCUUCUCUUUAAUCCAAUCUCUCUGCCUUCUCGAUCAACUUUUAUUUGAGUUGUGGACUUCAAUGACUAAGCUUUGCUCUUCAGAAAAGAAACUAUAAUUGAAGAAGCUCAAGAUCUCUUGUGAAAAUGCCGUCUCUGCAAACUUCUCUGCCUCCUGAACUCGCUAACAAUGUGGUUAGGUUGUACCGAGAAUGUCUUCGUAGAGCUAAAUUUAUUGGUAAGCAGCAACACAACACUGAGCUAGUGGUUGGUAUGGUGAGGCAACAAUUUAAGAAACACAUGAAUGAGACAGACCCUGAGAAGAUUCAGAAGCUUAAAGAUGAUGCUGCUCGGGGACUCAUCAAUCACAUGUUGUUUGAGUCAGCGAAGCUGACAGGAGGCAAGGUUAGCCAGAGAUCCUGAUGCAGUCUGGUUGCAGACUCUCCCAUUGUUAUUCUCUCUCUAUCUCUCUAGUCAAUGCUUGUAGGCUAACAAUGCAACUAAGUUGGCUUGAAUAAUAGACUUGAUCGAGAAGCCUCAGUGACUCAACAUUGAGGAUUUUCCUGUGCAAUCAAUCAAGUGGUUCUCUAUUUCAAAUCUAAUCAUACAGUUUUUUUUUUACUCUGGC